UUUUUUCAUCAUCUAGCCAUUAAGUAGCUAGCAGGUACAGAUUUUUUUCUUUACCUUGAGAAAUGCCUUGUUUUUUUACUGUAGGUAUAGGUCAAAAUUAUAGAAAAAUUAGAAUUUAAUCUGAUGAGAUAGCAUUGGAAUGUAAUUUUCUUCUCUGAUUCUGAAUUGCAAUGCUCUAGUAGUUCACAUCUUUUUAAAAUAUAGCAAAACCUUGGCUUUCAAUACCAAACUAUUGUAGUAGCAAAUAAGUUAAUAGAACAAUCUAUAAAUCAUUCUCAAUGCUCCAUGGAUGAUAUCACUCGAUUUUUUUUUUAUCUCAGUGAACUCCUCAUGACUCUUUCCUCUGUUGCAUACCUUUAGUAUUGCAUCAAUCUGUGGAAUAAAUGGCCGCGAAUUUUCCGCGAUUCGCGACUCCGUGAAAUCAAGCAAGAUUGUUAGAUUCUAUAUCUUAUCAAUAUUGCAGAUAGGGAUAGCAAUGUUCAUAGUUUGACGGCGUUCUGUCAACAUAUUAGUCAAUGUCACACAAUUGCACUGUUUGACACAUUUAGUUAACAUGCAAUCGUCAUCAGUAAGGAGCUAGUACCUAACAAUUUCUCCUGUUAAUGACAAAUGUUACAAUUUUAUCAGGCUCUUGUGCCGUAUAUAGUUCAGAGAGAAGUAGUCAUUAGCUAGAACAAUUUAUAGGAUUCAUGGCAGCUAUAAGGAAGAAAUUGGUGAUCGUUGGCGAUGGUGCCUGUGGUAAAACUUGCUUGCUGAUUGUGUUCAGUAAGGAUCAGUUUCCUGAGGUGUAUGUGCCUACUGUUUUUGAAAACUAUGUAGCUGAUAUUGAAGUAGAUGGAAAGCAAGUCGAGCUCGCCCUGUGGGAUACUGCAGGGCAAGAAGACUACGACAGACUUCGCCCACUAUCCUAUCCUGACACAGAUGUCAUCUUGAUGUGCUUCUCCAUUGACAGUCCCGAUUCCCUUGAGAACAUUCCGGAAAAGUGGACACCAGAGGUCAAGCAUUUUUGCCCUAAUGUACCAAUCAUUUUGGUUGGUAACAAAAAGGAUCUGCGCAAUGAUCCAAGCACCAUCAAGGAACUUGGCAAGAUGAAGCAGGAGCCCGUCAAGCCCGAAGAAGGCCGCGCCAUGGCUGAAAAGAUCAGUGCUUUUGCCUACCUUGAGUGCUCUGCCAAGAGCAAGGAAGGUGUCAGAGAGGUCUUUGAAACAGCGACCAGAGCUGCAUUACAGGUCAAGAAGAAGAAGAAGGGAAGGUGUAGGCUGCUUUAAAGUGUAAUGCCAAACGGGCCCGACGCCGAACGGGUAAAAUAAGGAAUUGCGGGGCUAGCUGUACCAAAAAGCUAGUCGUCAUGCCGGAGGCCCCAGCAUAAACUAUAACAUAAUAUCUUAUCUUUAAUUAUUUUACAUAAUACAAAAACAACAAAAAAAAGAAGCAGAUGCAAAAUGGAGAACAACAUGAAAUGAAAAUGUAAAACCUCAGCAGCGGCAGCAGCAACUCGCUUAGACACGCUUCGUCGGCGAGAAGCAAUAUAAUGCAUCUCAACAGACUUUACUAAGGAAAAAAAUUUAAAAAAAAAUCGAUUUGAUAUUGUAACUAACGCACGAGAGAGAGAGACAGAGAGAGAGAGAGAGAGAGAGAGAGAGAGAGAAAGCAAGGUCAUCCGAAUCGGACGAAAGGAUCAGCACUGAAUUACCGACUGUAUGUACGACGAUUUGUAUUCUCCAGCGUUCAAGUGAAUCAUGCAUAAAUUUGGGAAAUCCGAACAAAAAGUGCGACGGAGAAAAUUGGAAAAAAAUGUUUGAUAGUCGUUAACACUGGCACAGUUUUUAUGCGAUUGAGUCUUUGUCAUUUUAUUUUGUAGUAAUAAUUGUUACUAUUCAUACCAUUGUCGUCGCCGCACACAAUUAAUAUGAACAGUCUUUUUUAUCGCCGAAAUAUUUCAGUCGCUUUUGAUAAAUAUAAAUGCUUCGCCUUACGCUUUUUCUUCUAUAAGCAUCAGUUGCUCGUUUUACGUCAAAGUAUAAUGGGUAAAAAAGCAAGAUGUAGCGUGCAUGAGGAUGAACGAACUCGUCAUGCAUGCAAAUUUAUAAAUACGUUUUUUUUUGAGAAUUUUUAAUUAAAUUUCCUUUCUUAUUUUACAAACGAGCAAAAUGGAUUUAAACACCAAACCUGUGUUAAAAGCGAAAAGAGAAAACGUAUAGGACAACUUUGAACUUUAAAAUACCGCAUAGGUUUAAAUGUAUUAUUAUAUUAUAUUAUAUUAUAUUAUAUUAUUACCAUUAUUAUAAUUAUAUAUUGCUAUUAUUGUAAUACGAAGACAUUGACAUAACGAAUUGUAAAAGCGACUAUAUUAUAUUUGUGUACUCCGAAACUACCCUUUCAUCUCUCGGUAUUGACAGUCAAACCGCAAAAACAAGGUCCUCCAAAUCCAGAUAAGAUGCUUAAACUCUGGGGGCGAGUAACUAUUUGUCUCCUUUUGCUUGUAUUUUGCUGUUGCUCGCUGACUUGGUUAAGAGAAAGUGAAAACGCGUGAACUCAAAGCGGUCCAGAAAGCUUUGCUUGUAAAGUUGGAACAGUCCUCACGAACAUUGUGAGAAUUGAUUGCUCAAGCGCAUUGUGUGUCGGAUAAGUGAAUGGCCGUCAAAGUUGUAAUAUGUCGAUUAGGCCUUUUUUACUUUUGAUUAAACUGAACUUUCGACAGAC